AUGAGUAGUGCCAAGCAAGGUUUUACGUGUGUAACUUGUCGGUUGGUGUUUCCAAAUUCUGAACUACAGAAAGAACAUUAUAUCAGUGAAUGGCAUCGUUACAACGCUAAGAGGAACGUUGUUGGUCUUCCUUCCAUAACGGAGACGCAGUUCGAAAGCAAAGUUAAGGACUUUAAAAAAGUAGGUUAGUUUACUAUAAUAUAAUUUGUUGUUUAGACUGUAGACAAUCAGAAGGAGGAAAAUGAGAAGGUUUAUUGCAAACAAUGCAAGAAACUUUUCCAAUCGAAGAAUUCGUAUGAUAAUCACCUGAAUUCAAAGAAACACAAGACAAAUGCCGAAAACUAUGUUGAAGAAGAAGACGUCGAGGAGAAUAUCAAGACAGAAAAACUCAAUAAAGAAGAAGUUGGUGCUGCUUCUACUAGACAAUUUGUUGAUGGAGGUAAUGAAGAAGACGAUUCUGGAAGCUCAAGUGGAUGGGAGACGGCGUCUGACGAAGACAUGGAGUUGGAUGAAAGUCAAGUAAGUUGACAUCACAUAGCGUACUUGUAAAUUAUAGUUUUUUUUAAUUCAAGGGACAAAAACCUUCAAAAUAAAACAAAUUUAGGCGAUACCCAUAAACAAGUGUUUGUUCUGCUGCAAAGAAUCUAGUAAGAUUGAAAACAGCUUGGAUCACAUGUAUGAAGCUCACGGGUUCUUCGUCCCAGAUUCGCAAUAUUGUACCGACUUCCCUGGUCUUAUAAAGUACUUAGGUCUUAAAGUAGGCAGUGGAUUAUACUGUAUGAAGUGUUCAAAACGAUUCGCUGAUUUACACGCAGUACAACUUCACAUGAAGGACAAAGUGCACAAUUCUUUUUCACUUGAAAACGAUCUAGUAGAGUAUAUAGACUUCUAUGACCAUAGGUAAGUUAGUAAUUAUAUUUUGAUUUUUCUUUUUAGUGAACUUUUGGUGGACGAGAACGCGGAUGACGACGACGUUGCUAUAGAUCUGGGAUAUACUCUAGUGUUACCUUCUGGUGCUAAACUGGGCCACCGAUCCUUGUUAAGAUACUUCAAACAAAGGUUCAGAAGUGCUGAAGAUCAAGAACGACUGAUGAAUGCAAGGUUGGCCAUGAAGUCAAAGGUCGAACAGAAGUCGUUGGGAUGGACUGGAGCUACAGGUAAGCUUAAACUUAAAGUAGUUUUUUUACACUUUAAUUUUUAUGCGGUUAGCCAAAUUUUAUAAAUUUCCGUCAAAUUUUAUAAACCUGACUUUAGGAUCGGCCGCGGUACAAAGAGCGCGAGACAUGAAGUUCAUCAGACGAAUUAUGCAGAAACAGUUAAUGUCCAAGAACAUUCAUUCCAACAAGUUGUUUAAGAGUCGUGGCAGAGACGACCAAAUGUAA